CUGGGUCUCUUUAGUGUCUGGUUAGAGUUGAGUCUUCAUCACACACUAACAGCAUUCUUACAACAAGUUGAACUGACCGAAGAUAAAUUAACCAUGCUGCUUUGUAAAAAGGUGAGCUUUGAGCCUGAAAAGGCACCUUAUUCAGCUACUUAUUUUAUUCAGGAUUUUGACUAGUGCUAGUAUAACUUGCCUUCUCACGAGUAGGUAAGAGUUUGCGGAGUUGAAAACAUGUUAGGACAUGAGGUUAGAGUUUGCAGUUGAAAACACGUAUUAACGGCUCUUGGUCCGUGAUUGGUUUAUCUUUGAGAAAGGAUGGAUCACAUCCCCUUCAAUCCGUUUUGACUGAUCUCUCGGAUAAGGGAGACGAUAUGGCCCUUCUUAAAUAACCCGCUUUAUGAGACAUCUACAUCUGAAGGUAGCGCAUGUUUUUGUCAUAGACAUCUGAAUGUUUCUCUAUCUAUCAUGCAGCACUUAAUCUAGAAAGGUCGAAGCAUUAAUAUCCACUCGUUUUGUAUAUGCUUGCUUCUAAAAAAAGACAUGUUACUUUAAUGAUACGCCUCUCAAAAUAAAACCAUAUCUAUUCAGUAACUUAUUAAGAGUUCUAACCAAUUGAUGUGUUUACUUUUUUCAGCUUUUCGCUCUGGCAGUGUUUGCAGGUGUCAUUUCUCUGUCUCUUGAAUUGACCUGCCCUGAAUUUCGCCAAAAACCACAAAAAACGCUCAUGCGUCUGCGACGACAUUUUCUUUUCGUCGAGAAACCGUUCACCACGCCGCAGUCACCUGCAACCGCGAAUCCCCGCCGUGUUAGCCGUGACGUCACCGUGCAAACGCCAGGCACCUCAAAGUGCUCCUGGAGCUGGGCCCAAGAUGACAACCCAGAUCGUGUCCCACGGUUCCUGUCCAAAGCUGUGUGUCCUGAUUGUCCUCAUUACUGCCGUUCAGUGUUAUAUUAUCACAGGGGACUGGUGCAGAGAUGUGACCUAUCAACAGGACAAACUGUCUGGAAAUGGACUUUAGUGGAACUGCCAGUGGCAUUUGUUUAUGAUCCAUAA